GCGGAAGAGAGUGAUAUGAGUGUUUUGGCGCCGACGCCUCAUUUUCUUAUUUUCAUUAUAAAUAUUGAUACGUUAAUUGAUUGCUUUUAUGUUACGGCAAGAAUGAAAGAUAAAAAAUAGAAGCCAUGGAAGUGGAUGAUUCUGACUAUGAGAAUGAAUUGGGUCCAGUACCUGAGAGUGAGCUUCAGAAGCAAGUAGAUGUUGCAAAGAUUGUUGACAGAGCUUUUGAACAUGUCAAGCACAAUCAGGCAGCAGAAGAAGUAGCAGAUAUCAUAGCUGGUACAGAGGGACUUUGUUCUUUAGAAGGAGUAGCAGUUCAAGACCCUUUACCUCCGGAGAUUCAGGCAAGAAACUUUAGGGUAUCGCACACUUCCAGUGGAGUGGGGUCUGAUGGAACAGGAUCUCGGAGUAUUCACCUUCGCUACUCAGGCACAGCAAGCUUCGAAGUUCAAAAUUUUGCAGCAAGUGGUGAAACUGUUGAUGAUCUUUUAAAUGCCUCACCAUCCCUGGAGACAUUGCACAAGCUGAACUCAACAUUACAGAAGCGGUUUGAAGAGAAACUAGUCAAACUAGAGAGGAUAUUACAGACCAACCUUGCCAGACAGGCACAACUAAAAGAUGAAAUCUCACAAGACAAAGCGAACCUUGAACAGGAGAAGAAGGGAGAUGCAAGGGAAAAAGCGCCUUUUCGAGUUUCAAAUUUCUGUGUUCCCUAUUUUAAAAAUCGCAGCGGGAUGAAUGCUCCUAAGAAUGAAGAUGCUAAGUUCAAGCUUGACAACGGCUGCCUGGACCUUUAUACAACACGUGCUCGCCAAUGGAAGGCAAAGGAAAAAGAGGCCUUGAAGGAGAGUGUUCACAAGGAGUGGAAGCAGCAGCUCAUAAGCUCAAAGGAACUGAAGCUGCGGGAGCUCCAGAGAAAGUUGAGGAAUGCUGCCGACCCCAACAGUGCAGAAACAAUACUGGAAGAGAUGACAGAGGAUCUUGAGAGGCAAAUUAGGAAUUUACAAUCGACACCAGCAGAAUCUCUAACACCUCCACCACAUGCGAAAAUGGAUUGGGAGAAAAUAGCAGCUCAAGCAUUUGAUGGACAUCGCACAUCUGAUGAAUGCAGCUUGCAGUGGGAGAACCUUCUUCAUCCUAGCAUCAACACUUCAGAUUGGGAUCCUAAGGAAGAUAUGAUAAUUCAGGAACUGGUGACAUCAAGCAAGCAUGAUGUUCCAGACUGGAACAAAAUUGCAUCAAAAUUAAUGACACAACGCACAGGAUACCUGGUGAUGCAACGGUGGGUGUCGUUUAUUGCUCCUACUCUAAACCCCGCCAAGUGGACACCAGAAUCAACUCAGAAAUUGAUUGACACUGUGAAUAUGCUUAGAGUUGGCAUCUGCAUUCCAUGGGCACAGGUUCAUCAACAUCUUGUGGGUUUUAGCCGGAGUCAAAUCCAAAGUCGAUGGCGACAGAUCAACCCUGAACAAUCAAAGGGUCCCUUUACUGUGGAGGAGGACUUCAUUCUUAUAAAAGGCUUACAUAUGUUUGGACUGAAUUUUGCAAGUAUUGCCCACUUCAUGCCAGGUCGAUCAUAUAGUCAAGUUCGUGAUAGAUACAGGAGAACUAUUCUGCCAAGCUUAUCCUACAAACCCUGGACACGAGAAGAAGAUGAAAUUUUAAUUCAGGAGUGCCAAGUUGGCCCUAACAAUUGGCGUAAGAUGAUUCUGCAGCUGCCAAGAAGAAAUUCCUGUCAGAUCAGAGUGAGAUAUAACAUUCUCCAAGAAUGGCAAACCCUCACAAAUAGUAAUUUG